GACCCUAAACACUAACUUUAACUUGUGUCUGUCCCAGAUUAAUUGUAAUAUUUUUCAAAAAACCAGGCACAGGUUCUCAUGUGUUUCCAUCUGGACCAACACAAGAGUUUCAACCAUGCUUGGCAACACAUGGAGGAGACGCAAGGAUGGCAAAUAUACAAGCGGUGGGGGAACUAAAACAGCAGUGCCAGCAAGUGCAGCCACAAACUGAGGAGACAAAAGCUGCAUUUACAGAUGUUGUGCUGAUAUCUUUUCGGAUGCCACAGGAGAAGUAUCCGAUCUAUCAGCACCUGGCAUUGGAAGAGUUUUUACAUUUAGUGGUGGAAGUAGACAACUAUAUUCUGUGUGAAAUCUGUCCGCGCCAUUUGCUGAAGAAUGCCAUGGAAACAUCAACAUCUGAUUAUUUUUUUCCUAUGCCUGCACCAUUAUUAAGACAAUUGAGACCAGAUUUUAAAUACGAGAAGCUAUAUACUUUCACCGAGAGACUAGAAAAUUGGAGGCUUCUUUAUAAACAACGGGUCAAUGGAAAGCUUGACAUUUACUAUAGGCACGGCAAAUCUGACAAGUUUUUCCGGUCAAUGGUGGAAGUCGUCAAUUUUAUAAUGUAUGAAAUUUAUCCCUGUCACUUGGUGAAGAUUGCUAGGGGGAAACCAAUGGCGGAGCCUUCGAAAACCGAAAGCAAGAAGAGAAGCGGAUGAACUGCUGAAGUUUCUCAUAACAACCAUGAACAGGAGAUUAAGACUACAAUAACCCAGAAGGAAGCAGUCAAAUCUUUUCUGAAAUAAGCUCACAACAAUCUCCAAAAUCUUUUCAAUAAUAAAAACCGUGAUGAGAGCAGUACUAAAGUCAAUAAAAAACCUCGGAGGAUAUCUGAUUGAGAGAUUUGAAUUUUAUUAUUAUAUAAAUUGACAGAAUAUAAAAAAAUUUGGCUUGAUAUUAAAGUAAGAUUUAUGGGCUCAUUAGGAUGACGACAAGAUAAAAAGGCUUAGCUUGACAUUGUAGUGAUGUAAGAUUUACUGACUCUUUAUGAUGACAACAAGAUUGUAAGUUAGAGCUUGGUAUUAGACUGAUGUAAGAUUUAUGAACUCCUUAUGAUGACGACAAGAUAACAAGUUUGAGUUUGAUAUUAUGAUUACAUAGGAUUUAUGA